CAGCUGAUGUGACUGACUGACACCGGCUCCCGCUGAGGAGGAGGAGGAGAAGGAGGAGGAAGAGGAGGAGGAGGAAGGAGAGCAACGGCGAGGCGAGGGAGGGGGGGAGCGAGUGACCGGCCGCGGAUUUUCAUUGCAGAGAGGAGGGGGGAAAAAAAAGGCUACGCGGGUCAUCAGAACAGGGCCUUACUGAGAGGUCUUCUGGUUUAAUCCAAAUUGACAUCAGUUUGAGAAGACUCUGUUUACAUUCCUUCCCUACAGCUAAUGGAAAAAAACCCACAAACCAUACAAGGUGGUCAGCAUCAACUCCAAGAAAAGAUACAUGGUUAACCCUGAUAAUUACUUCAAGAUCAAAUCUUUAAUUAAAAUCCUGACAGGUGACUGAGCACUGGAACUGGCUGCCCAAAGGGGUUGAGGAAUCUCCUUCACUGAAUGGCAGAGACUCAUGGCUUAAUGGAGAGAUUGGAGAAAGCAGUGACUCGACUUGAAUCAUUGUUCUCAGAUUCACACACAUCUGGUGGAAUGGAGUGUGAUGGCAUCAAUGGAGUCAAUGGAAGCGUAGCACCAUAUGUGGAAGCCUUUGAUAGGCUGCUGAAUGGAAGUGUUGCUGAGUUUCUCAGGUACAGCAAGAUUCUCGAAGGUGAUGUGAAGACACAUGCAGAGAUGGUACGUGCUGCUUUCCAAGCGCAGAGAUCUUUCUUGCUGUUAGCAUCUCAAUGUCAAGAGCCUCAAGAGAACGAGGUGGCAAUGCUUCUCAAGCCAAUAUCAGAGAAGAUUCAGGAAAUCCAGAACUUCAGAGAAAGGAACAGAGGAAGUAAAAUGUUCAACCACCUCUCAGCUGUCAGUGAGAGCAUCCCUGCCCUUGGGUGGAUAGCAGUGUCUCCUAAACCAGGCCCUUAUGUCAAGGAGAUGAAUGAUGCUGCUACCUUUUAUACUAACAGGGUAUUAAAGGACUACAAGAACAGUGACACACGCCAUGUUGAUUGGGUGAAGUCAUAUCUGAACAUCUGGUCUGAGCUUCAAGCUUAUAUCAAAGAGCAUCACACCACAGGUCUCACCUGGAGUAAAACUGGUCCUGUUGCAUCCUCCAUGUCCAUGCGAUCUGUUCUAACCAGCGGCUCCUGCCUUUCCCCGCCGCCUCCGCCGCCGCCGCCCCCGGGACCGCCCCCCAUCUUCGAUACGGAAACCGAAACCGCAAAGGACGAAGGAACUGCAUCUCGCUCAGCCCUCUUUGCACAGCUCAACCAGGGAGAGGCAAUUACCAAAGGGCUUCGACAUGUCUCUGAUGACCAGAAGACUCACAAGAACCCCAGCCUACGUGCCCAAGGCCCACCUGUUCGUUCUCCAACAAAAAGCCAUACUCCAAGUCCUACCUCUCCCAAGAAUUCCCCACAGCAGAGCCAUGCCCCUGUCUUGGAGCUAGAGGGAAAGAAGUGGAGAGUGGAAUAUCAAGAGGAUAAGAAUGACCUGGUCAUUAACAACACUGAACUCAAGCAAGUGGCCUAUAUUUUUAAGUGUAACAAAUCUACACUUCAGAUAAAAGGAAAAAUCAACUCAAUUACUAUUGACAACUGUAAAAAGUUUGGCCUUGUGUUUGACAAUGUUGUGGGAAUCGUGGAAGUGAUCAACUCCAGGGAUAUUCAGAUUCAGGUGAUGGGGAAAGUGCCAACCAUUUCUAUUAACAAAACAGAAGGCUGCCACAUCUACCUCAGUGAGGAGUCAUUGGAUUGUGAGAUUGUGAGUGCCAAGUCGUCUGAGAUGAACAUUCUCAUCCCCCAGGAUGGUGAUUAUAAAGAAUUUCCGGUUCCUGAACAGUUCAAGACAGCAUGGGAUGGAUCUAAGUUGGUCACUGAACCCGCAGAGAUUGUGGGUUGACAUCCUCACGCCAUAGAGCACUUGCUGACCACGGCCAGGCUGCGGCCAGCACACACAAAGCAGUAAUGUAAAGAACUAGAGGUAGCAGGAGUUCAUGCUGCUGUCAUAGGCCUUCAAGCAUUAGCUCUGCAUGCUAGGAACAACUACACAUCUGGCACCCUUUUGUUAGGCAGCCCGGUCCUGGUCACGUCUCCACACAGUUUGCCUUCACAUACAGUUUUAAUUCUGAAUGAGAAUGCAAUAGGUUAAACCCCCCACCUUCCAGUCACAUCAUUGGUUUGAAAUUUUGUAUACAUUAAGCAAACGUACUGCAUGAUACACUUUUUUUUAUCAUCUUGCUUCAGUGCAUUCCUUUUUGUAUUUCUGCUAAUCAAAACAGCAUUAAGACUUCAAGGUGUUUAUUUUUGCCUUUUAAGCAAUUCCUGUAUGAUGCAGUAAAAAUGUACCUGUAGAAAGUAUGCAGUUUCUUGCAGUUCUGUGGCAAUCAUAACGUGUUCCGUUUCAAACAAGCAAAAAAGGACAACUUUCACCACAGCAAUAUAUUUUGCUAACUGAAAAUGAAAAAAAAAAUCUGGCCAUCUAAUCAAAAAUGUUUAUAAUAUGCAUAUUUAGAAGUUUUCUGUGAAGUAAGAUUUUACUAUGGUUCACAGACUUGCUGCUGCCCUCUCAUUUCUUGCAAAUUAGUAAUUCUUUCUAAGCUAGAGCCUCAUCAAUGCUAAAACCUUGCAGGAAAUUACUUGAAGGUUUUUUGCUCCUUGGAAUUCUUUUUUCCCCCUUUUUUUUUUUUUUUUUCUUUCUGGGUGACACAAUCUCUCACUUUUUAAAAUUUCACAUUUUAUUUUGUGUCUUAUACAGAAAACCAAGGAAGACAGACACAUCUGAUACCAGCUAGUUGCCCUUACUUAUAAAGUUCCUUUAAAAUACUUGUAUUGUAACUCAUCAUGUUCAUUAAAAGUAGCAUCCUCAGGCUUUUUCCCCACAUUUGUAGGAGUUACUCAGUUUCAAAUACGUUCACAAAGCAAAGCCAUAGAUUUAUGCCAUACUAAUUAGGAGCCCAAAUAAAGGGGUGAUUUCUGGUUUAGCCCUUUGACUCUACUUUACAGUCCCUAUGCUUUUUUUUAACAAAGGUGGAGUAUUGUAUACAUUUGUACUAUUUCAGCACAUAGUACAAAUAAAACUUCAAAAAUUUUAAAAGUCAA